GGUGAUCCUUACUUGAAUUGUUUUCUAUCUGCUAUCAUUGAAGUCCCUGCAUACAUCAUAGCAUGGGUGCUGCUUCGAAGCUUUUCUCGCAGAUACUCUACAUCAAGCACACUGUUCCUUGGGGGUGCUGUUCUUCUGUUAAUCCAACUUGUGCCUCAAGAGUUGAACAUCUUGUCCAUAGUACUGGUCAUGCUUGGGAAAUUUGGUAUUACAUCAGCCUUCUCCAUGGUAUACGUGUACACUGCUGAGCUCUACCCUACAGUAGUAAGGAACAUGGGAGUUGGGGCCAGUUCUAUGGCAUCCAGAUUGGGCAGCAUUCUAUCCCCUUAUUUUGUAUACCUUGGUGCCUAUGACAGACAUCUUCCUUUUGUAUUGAUGGGCAGUCUAACAGUUCUUGUGGGGAUUUUUUCCCUCUUCCUCCCAGAGACAAAUGGCAUGCCUUUGCCAGAUACUAUUGAGGAGAUGCUCAGAGUGAAAGGGUUUAAGUACAAAAGAGGAAUUCCUAUUUCAAAGCAGCAUAAUGGGAAUAUGAAAGUCCUUUCGAACACUGCAUUAUAA